ACACGUUACUGUCACCAGUGUUACCACAGAAUAAAAACGAGUAGGCUACGUUUCGGUUUAUUUAACAAAUUUAGUUUUGUUUUAAUUUUUUAACUACAAUGGCGAAAGGAUUUCGUUUUUUAAAUCUUAUGAAACCUGCGAUGCAUAUUAUACCGGAAGUUGCCGUGCCGCAUCGGAAGAUUUCUUUUAAAGGAAGACUCAUAUGGACGUUGAUGACGUUGUUUAUCUUUUUAAUCUGCUGUCAAAUACCUCUUUAUGGAAUCGUUACUUCCUAUAGCGCGGAUCCUUUUUAUUGGAUGCGGGUUAUUUUAGCGUCCAAUCGUGGAACAGUCAUGGAACUUGGUAUAUCUCCAGUGGUCACAUCUGGAAUGAUCAUGCAACUUUUGGCUGGAUCACGCUUGAUUGAAGUAGAUCAGAGCUUGAAAGAGGACCGUGAGCUAUUUAACGGAGCACAAAAACUUUUAGGAUUGUUAAUAACAAUUGGAGAGGCUUUGGCUUAUGUUCUGGGCGGAAUGUACGGUGACGUGUCUACUCUUGGAGCAGGAAACGCUAUGCUUAUAAUUUUACAAUUAUUUUUUUCGGGAGUCAUGGUUCUCCUACUAGACGAACUAUUACAGAAAGGCUAUGGACUUGGUUCGGGUAUAUCACUUUUUAUUGCAACCAAUGUUUGUGAAAGUGUGAUUUGGAAGGCCUUUUCCCCUACAACUAUAAAUACAGGAAAAGGAACUGAAUUUGAAGGAGCGCUUGUUGCAUUGUUCCAUUUACUCGUUACAAAGAAAAAUAAAUUUGAGGCAUUACGUGAAGCUUUCUGUAGAUCGAACGCCCCUAAUGUUACCAAUCUUCUGGCAACUAUUUUCAUCUUCUGUAUUGUUAUAUACUUUCAAGGAUUUAAGGUCGAUUUGACUAUAGCAUAUCAAAAAGUACGCGGGCAACAAGGAGUUUACCCUAUAAAACUAUUUUAUACAUCAAAUAUUCCUAUAAUUCUUCAAACGGCUCUUGUUUCUAAUAUUUAUUUUUUCUCGCAAAUUAUUUUUCAAAGGUUCAAAUUUAGCCUUAUGGCAAAUGUAUUAGGCCAGUGGAACGAAGGGGAUAGUACUUCUCAGCCUGUUCCAGUAGGAGGGUUGGUUUAUUAUAUUUUUCCCCCAACUAAUGUUUCUAAUAUGGUUGAGGAUCCUUUACGAGCUUUUGUUUACAUUUUGUUUGUUUUAACGUCAUGCGCAUUGUUUUCACGCACUUGGACUGAAAUAUCCGGAUCAAGCUCUCGUGACGUGGCUAAACACUUUCGUGAUAACCAUUUAGCGAUUCGUGGAUAUCGUGAAACUUCCAACAUUGAAGUUUUGAAUCGAUAUAUUCCUAUUGCGGCUGCCUUCGGUGGCGUCUGCAUCGGAGCGUUAACUAUCAUCGCUGAUGUUCUAGGAGCUAUAGGUUCUGGAACGGGUAUUUUACUUGCUGUAAAUAUUAUGUAUCAAUAUUAUGAAAUGAUGGCUAAAGAACAAGAUCAAGGAAAUAAUAUAUUUUAAAAAAAUAUUUUUUUUUCAUUAUGUUCAUUUUUUUUUCUAAUGGUGCUAUAUUUUUCAUUAGUUAUUUUAAAAAGUAAAGUAUUUAUAAUUGUCAUUCAAGUAUCGUUUCCAACUGUUUUUUCAAA